UUUGCUGGGGAAAAUUCGCGUGACCAGCCAGGAAGCACGAGGAGCUCUUCGCGUUUCGGCUGAGCCCACGGUCAUUGCCUCACCUGGACAAGAUGGCGGAAUUGAAGCUGGAACUUACUGUGCCUUUUUCGACCGAGUCUGAGGCGCAAAUUGUUCGCAAUUCUCUCUCCGUCGAUCCGGAACCAAAACGUGGCGGAGCCAAGAAACAGCUAACAGUGAAAGACAAUGUGUUAUACGUAACAAUAUCAUCCCCUGAAGCUAAGACAUUGAGAGUCUGUGCAAAUGGUUUCCUUGACCAUUUGACUCUGGUUACAGAAACAAUUGAAGCAUUUGGUCCUCCCUUGGAAGAAUCGUAACCUUCUUGGAUAUCAACUGAUAGCCAUUUUUUUGGAGAGAGAGUUUAUUGCAACACCAGCAGGAUAGAUUGAUUUAUAUUGGGUAAUUACCCAGUCAAAAUUGACCUCACAGCAUUACAAAGGUGCUCCAUGUGCUUAACAAACACUCUACCUAAUAGGUAAAUUACUGUUAAGUACUUGCCAGCUGCCAUUAUCUUGUUGUUAUUAAUGAGCCGUUUUGCUUGGAAUUGUGUACUGAAAAAAUAGGUUUCAAGUGGCAAGGAUACAAACCACAUAUGUGUUGGCAUGGACUCAUGUCUGUGUUUUACUUUAGUGUUUGCCUCAACAACUGAAAAACAUGGUAAAUGUAUCUUAAACAUUUUUGCAGUUUCACAGCAGGAAUUUUGAGGUAAUGGAAGUUACCAUGGUGUGCUUCUCACUUGUGUUGAAAUUACACCAUAAACAGUCAUGUUUUAGCAACCACAUGGUAAAGUUGGAAACUGUCAUUUCUUUCUUGUUAUUUAAGAGUACAUGUACUUUAUGUGGUCAUGGACUUUUCAUAGUGAAACAAUGUGCAAAAUAACUAUUAAUAGUAACAGACAACGAAGUAAGGCACAUUUUAUUAUUUCUUCUC